AUGCAUUCGGAACUCAAGGACUGUUCUUCGGACUGGCUCGGCGUCUCACCCGAACACUUCCCCGAACCGCCAACAUGCACAUGUUCGGCGAUUAAUAACAUUUAGCCUUAAGUUAAUUGUCACUGUCUUGACGAGAAAACAGAGAUUGGAAACGAGUAAAAUAGGCAGCACUUUUUACAUUCUUUUACUUCUUGGCGGUGUUUUUGGAAAUCACAGGGGUUUUCGAAAAAUCCAAAACGUGUCAUUUCCGUGUUUCUGAUAGUAAACUUUUAUAAAUUGAAGUGCAAAUUGGUUGUUAUUGACGAUGUUCUAGGAAGAAGAGUAGCUAAACCAGCAGUCUGUAAUGCUAAACUAGUGUUGUUUUGGGCAUAAUUUUGUACCUGGGAAAACAAGUGGUUUUACGGGAAAUGUCAGCGUGUUUAAAGCGUGUUAUUGUAGUAUAGAAAAAUAGCAGAGCGGAGGGUUCGUAUCAUGGCCUUUCAUGAAGUAUUUACUUCAAGAAUCGCACAAAACAUAAAUUUUUUAUCAUCAUUUUAUCAAAACCAUACGUAUAAACUGAAGUCGUAAAACAGAUAAAAAUAUGGUUUCAAGCCUUGAAUUUUUCAAUUUCAAAGAGACUGCUAGCUAUUUCAAGUAAUUUUUUGCCAUUUCUGACCCUUGAAACAGAAUGCCAAUUUUGGCGGGAAACUUUUUUUUGAAUUUUUUUCUUCAAAAUUCAAAAAAUUACGUAAAAUUGCUCUCCUUUUUGUAAAAUUUCAGCCUUUGUAGGAAAACCGUGAUGAUAUUUGCAACGUGAACCCAAGAAUUACAAAUUCCGUCACAUCAUCACAUGUGUACUUUCUAAUCAAGUUUUAAGUCACAGAUGUGUAAAAAGUUGCACACAUCAAGCAUUGUUUGCGAAAGAAUACGCAUGAGAGGGUAACUUCGGGCAUUGUUUUGUUUCUAUUCUCGGAUGUGGUCUGUAAUUCCUUUCGGAACGCCCCUUGAAAUGUAGUCCCGAGAGGACAAAGAGCAUCAGCAUACAUCACUAGGGUAAUCGAGGCUGUAUGGGUGUCAUUGCCUACCUUUGAUUACAAUAGGCGGUUUGUUGCCUAAGAUUACACAUGCUUGACAGUGUUGCACUCAUUGUAUCUUAUCUUUUCAAAGUUGUCGUAUCUCGGCUUGAAGAUGGCUUUAAAAGUCUUUUCUUGAAUUUUUGAUAGUCGAUUUAUAAAAAUUUCAAUAGCCUACAGAAAAGUUAUUAUAUUCUCAUCUCCCCGUUGUAGUAUUAUUCAUUGAUCUUCGGGAAUCGGAGUCCAAAAAGGUCGUAUUUUUUAUUUGCGAAUACGCAAUUAUUUAGCGGUGAUUACAAGUUCGUAUGGACUUCGUUGUGGGUGGAACUCUUUUGACCUGUUUACGCCGUGUUGUACAGUAUUCCGAGAAUUGUUGUUGUUUUGAGACAUAUGCGUCACAUCAAUGAGCAAUGAUGUGAGCAUUUUUCUGCAGGCCAUUAACAGACUUGUCCAUAAAAAUCGAAGCGCUACAACUUUUCGGCUCAACGACAGUUCAAGUCAACAAGUUCUCUGAGUUGCCUCGAACCGCUCAGAUCUUUUUUCGUAUGCGCGGGAGAGGCUAGGGAAAAGCUUAGUUAUUGAAAUAUUAGGAUUGGACAGGAUCUAGGAAAGACCUAUUUUAAGGUGCUUUACGAGUAUUGCUGCAAUAAUAUCCAGAUAAAACUUAUGGAACUUUGUUUUUAGGAGUUCUUUUGUCUUUCUGUAUAUAAAAAAUCACUCAGGGUCUGGAAAACAAAGUUUAGCAAUAGCUAAACUUAGAAAAUGUAGUCCUAUAGAGCCUUCGCCAAGGCUCCGCUGGGCUUUCGCCAAGUCUCCGCCGAUCCUUCAGCUAGGUCCGCCGAGAAUCCAGCGGCUUUGCCAGGCCUUGUAUGAGCCUCCUAUAACCUAUUUAUGUCUCCGCCUGUUCUACGCCUCAUAUCACUCCAUUUCGUGCUGACCCGAACUGUAGUCGACCUCAAAAGUCCGAACCCGAAAUUGCACAUUUUGUCCUACUUUUUUUAUAUUUUUUUAUACAUUUGUACAAGGGGAUCGCAUCGAAAUCUAAUGCCAAUUUCUGUCUGCCCUCUGCUUUUUUGCAUCCUAUGUUUUGCAAAGGUCAUUGGGUAUCCCGGCUGCCCUUGCAUAGAUAGCGCGAGCUAAAUCUUAUACCCAAGAUGCGUGAUCUGGGCCCAAUACGUGGAAAACGUAUAAGUCGCACCCACAACAUUUAUUUUGAGGUAGAAAUCUCCUUAUACACGGCUAUAAUUAUUGCGUUAGUAAAUUACCGUGAAAAAGGCGUAUCUUUUGCUAUUUUCCCAUAAAAUGAAAUUUAUAUUUUUUUGAAAUACAUUUCUAUCUCUUGACACUUUCAAUUUCGCUCUUCAUAUUCGUAUUUCUCACCUAUCUGCUGCAAAACAUCGUUAAUUUCCAAUUUUCAGUUGUCCAAGUCAUGCACAUAGUGUUUUUAAUUCAUAUAAUCGCGGAACUUGUAAUCGGAAUCCUAUCAGUCGUCCUAACUUUGGUCCUUCUCCGCGUGGUGUGGCAGAAUCGGACGCCCAGACUACGGGUUUAUUCAUGGAUACUCAUCUUGAACGGUGUCGCGGAUCUGGUGUUUGCGCUCUGCAAUCUGACCCUUAUGGAGGUGAGCCGGAGGUUUUUUUUGGGAUUUUUUCGUUAAAAAGAAGAAUUGAGGCGGCCGUAUUUUAAAAAAGGAUAGUAAUUUGAAGGGCCUUUGGCAACAUCGAACCAUUUUUUCAAAGUUCAGUUUUCCUAUUUUUUAUCAGUCUAUCGGGAAAAUAAUGGUCACAAUGUCGCAGCUUCUAACGCGUCGCUGAAGUAAAAAGCAAUUUGAUUUUCCGCGGCACGAUUCAUUUUCUCGGCGGCGAUACGAUUUUGGAUGCGACAGAGAGCUCAUUAUUAUCCUGGCAGACUGAUAAAUGGCAAUUUUAAGCCUCUGUAGAAUGAAACCCUUGCAUAGCAAAUAAGUUCUUUUUGUCCCUUGCCAUUCGUUCUACAGCGACUUGGCUCUACUGAAAAUUUCUUCUCAAUUUCCACAAUGAUCGCUCACCGAGUCUGUUCUGCAUAGUCGCUGGGCCGAUUUUGGCGAGUUAACUUGCAGUUAUCGGCUUUCGACACCAUGCAGUAGACUUUUUAUGGGCUGUCGCAAGCACCAUGACCUUUUUUUGCAUAAUGCAUGUCGCCAAAAAAUGAUACAGCGACUUUGCGAACGGACUAGUAGAAAACCCCACAUUCUGGUGCUAACAUAACAAAACUCGUUUUAUUUUGACGAAAUUUCAACCUAAAGAUUUCCAUACUUUCUGAGAACUGCAAGCUGAAAUUUUCGUAUAUGUCCUAACAUUGUUUCUCGUACAUGUCCCAAAUUUCAUCAAAAUGUACAGGUUUCUGUUUAUUUACUUUUCACUCCCCCUACAGGCCUCUUUUUCCAACCAAAAACCACCCUAAAAUAGCCGAGAAAUUUACUUUAUUAGCCUCAAAAAGAAGGAAUUUACUUUUAUCGGUACUGACUUUCCAAAUCGAGUUAAUUUCGAAUAUAAACUACACAAACACACAAUUAGACACCGCCUAAACGGAAAAUUAGACAUCACGUAAAACUCAGCGGAAAUUGCAGGCUGCUUUAGUGGUGACGGAGAAGGGAGAGGGCAACUUAUGGUUCUUUGAAUGAACCAGACAUUUAGGGUAUAAUUGAAUGUUAGAGAAAAUUAAACAGAAAGAUAACGGGAACGUUGGGAGGUGUGCCAAAAACAACACGGUACACAUGUAUAGAUAUUGAAAGAUCUUACAAGGGAAUGGUUUGAACUGUCCGUGAGCUUUCAACAUGAGACCUCCAAAUUCUGAAAGAGCGUACAAAAUUUAGUAGGAAUCCGCUUUCCAUUUUUGCCGAAUGGUCUUGGGAGACGCGAAAUAUCGACAGAAAGAUCCGACAAAAAAAUCGAGAGAGAGAAAAGACGAACCGAAAGGCCCGGAGAAGCGUCACCAAAUAGUCUAGUGGAAAAAGUUCCAUGCACGAAACUUUUGGCAGAGGGAGGCCAUGGAGGUUCGAGUCCACCCGAAGCGGAUAUCGUCGGCAUGGAUCUACGUGUCGUUAGUGUAUUCGACCGCUAUGUAAAGAUUCUUUUUUUUAUUUAUUCGAGUGUUUCACAGAUCUGUUUGCAAAAUUAUGCUUUUUCUAUCGGCCGAAUGGCCUUGGGAGAAGAGUUGCGGUCGUUUUUUAAUCGACCGGGUUACAAUAUGCUUACGUUACAGUAAUCUGUGAAAGUUAACUUCCAAAAAAUUGAGUACGCAAUGGCCAUAAAGGUACAUACGCAAAAUUUUGGCUGAUUAUCCCUUUCUAUGAUGCCGACAGACACAAAAUUCCAAAAAUGACAAAUUUGUGAAAAUUUAUACCUUCAAGGCAGAAUUUGGGAAAAAUAUUUUGGGCGUUUGUUGAACACAUGUUCACGGUCAUUUUAAACUAAAAAACUCAAAAUCGAUUUUUUUCAUAAAUAUGCCUUGUUUGGACCACACGCUGACGCAGGGACUCAAAAAUUUUCUUUUGAACUUUUCUUGCAAAGCUUUAAGGAAAGGUGAAAAUUUGGCAUGAUUUUUCUCUGGAAACUCAAAAAAUUCCGCAAGACCUAUACAGCCUUUCAGAACCGAGUAUAAAUGUCUUGAAAACACCAGUAUGUCGACAUCUGGCAUCAUCGAAAAUGCAGCCAAGUUGUCAACUCUUCUUGAAAUUUCGAAAAAAAUCUGUAAAACACUCGAACAAAUGAAAAAAGAAUCUUUACAUAGCGGUCGAAUACACUAACGACACGUAGAUCCAUGCCGACGAUAUCCGCUUCGGGUGGACUCGAACCUCCAAGGCCUCCCUCUGCCAAAAGUUUCGUGCAUGGAACUUUUUCCACUAGACUAUUUGGUGACGCUUCUCCGGGCCUUUCGGUUCGUCUUUUCUCUCUCUCGAUUUUUUUGUCGGAUCUUUCUGUCGAUAUUUCGCGUCUCCCAAGACCAUUCGGCAAAAAUGGAAGGCGGAUUCCUACUAAAUUUUGUACGCUCUUUCAGAAUUUGGAGGUCUCAUGUUGAAAGCUCACGGACAGUUCAAACCAUUCCCUUGUUAGCAAGCCAAGAGAGUACGCGAUACGAGGAAAGCGGUCAGGAAAAAGACCAAGUUUCAGCCAGCUUCGCAUGAAAAAAACAGAUUUUUUUUGGAAACGGAUAUGAGAUUUUGCAUGCCAAAUUUUCGUAAAAAAUUUCUGCAUAGCGCGAGCUGGAAUUCUCGCGUAUACUUUAGAAAACAUUUUUCUAAAUUUGUGCCAAGUUCCAUCAACAUCUAAGCGUCGCAUUUGGAGUACUUUCCCCUCUAAAAAAUCACUUUUUCAGGGCGUGGAGAUCUUGGACAACUCCCUUUUCCUCUUCUCCACCUCCUUCUUCUACCACUCUUCGCAAACCGUCACAACAAUCGCCACAGCCGUAUGGCUAACCUCACUCUACAUGGCAUUUGCCGUCUUGCCCAUCAACUAUUACUAUCGCUACCGACAACUUUCAACACGACCGCUCACAAUCUUCCAAUAUGUCUGCCUAUACUGUCUGGCGCUACUCUACGUUGGAGCACAUUGCUUCUCAGUGUUUUGGUUUACUGUGCCUAAGAAUGCGCAAUUGGACAAGAUCAUAACUUCGGUAAGGAGUAGGGGGAAGGGGGUAAAAUACGUCGCAGCAAGAUAAAAAUUCCCAUUACAUGAGCUUCAGGAAUAAAAUUCAAAAGGAUUGCAAAUAAUAAAAAAUUAUUCAUUAUUAUUCAUUACAGAUUAUUCAUUACAGAAAAGUUUUCCCAGAUUCAGAGAUUCAUAGAUUCAUAUUUUUCCUGUACUGACUCUAAAACCUCUGACCUUACUCUUAUCAGUCUGUAGGGAAAAUAAUGUGGAUUGGUCGCGCCAUAAAACCGCUUUGCGACAACUCGCCGCGACUGGAAAUUUGGUGCGCGACUGAUGAGGCGAGACAUUUUGCUGCAAGAAAUCCACAUUAUUUUCCCGACAUACUGAUAUAUAGCAUUUUUGCUGGGUGAGAGUUUGUUAUAUAGAGGUUACACUGUAUGUCCAAAGAAUGCGCAAAAAAUUGAAAUUGCCAAAACAUGUCUUCAUCAUUUUUGAUUUCAAGGAGGUAGGGGUUAGUUUUAGUUCACGUGUGGCUCGCUGGUGUUAAAAUUUUAAUAUUAGUCAGAAAAAUGCGUUAAAAAAGCUUUGGGAUCACGAAAAUAUAUAUUUUUGAUUGAAAAACUGGGCAUAGGUACUCACCUCGAAAACCCUAGUUCGUUUUUCCUCGCAUUAGAAGCAAACCUUUAGUUUUUUUCCAUCUUUAACCUAAAAAUCGCAGUAAUAUCGGCAAAUUUGAGACUAAACGUAUCAACGAAAGAAAUUUGAACGAAAGAAAUUUUUGUCCCAAUUUUUGCCGAGUUUGCUAGAAAAAACUGCCUUGUAAAUAAAGGACAAAAAUGAAAGGCCGUAUUUUACAAACUAAAGCACCUCCAUUUUUAGGUCGAAUACUAUGCCGAUCCUCCUGCCUAUAUCGUCUCUGACUCCUCUUUACCCGGCUGCGUCUAUCAUCUUCUGCACAGCACAAUUCAAGUCGCCGGAUCUUACCUAAUUGUUGCCUACUUCGCGAUGAAAAUUCGUUCCGCAAUCCUGGAGCAACGCAAUCGAAUGUCCACGGGGGCUAAACGAACUGACAACCAAAUCAUGACGGUCAUGUUUGUGCAGUGCAUGUGUCCCGGCGUCGUACUCACAAUUCCCAUUGGAAUCUGCGCAUCGGCCCCGUUAUUCGGACAAAGUGUUCCCUUAUUAGGCCUGAUUCUGACCACUGUCAUGGGACUUAUUCCGAUUUGUAAUUCGCUGAGUGCACUCCUAAUUGUGGGCACGUAUCGACAGGCGGUGAAGCGGAUGAUUGGAAUGGAAGCGCCCAGCUCGGUGAUGGGAACAACCUCCAAAGGCCCUGCCAGCAAAUGCGACCCAACGGUGUCGCCGGUGACCGAUGCAAAGAGCACGUUGUAAGGUUUGUUUUGGCUGUAAUAGGAUUGUAAAGAGUUGCAAAAGUAAUGAACACACUCUCGCCGUGCCAAUCGCUGAAGGGAAAAGAAAUUUGAUUUCACGCGACUCAAUUCAUUUUCUAGGCGGCGAUGCGAUUUUUGAUGCAACAUCACUACGGACUGAUAUAUGAUCACAGGUUUGGAGAGGCCGCAUACAGUCAGAGAAAUAAAGUUUCCCCAAACGAAAAGCGACGAACGGUUUAAUGGCUUUUCCAUCUAUUCCUCUGGUAACCAGAUCUAAAUGAUAACUGGUCCCAUCUAAAUGACGAUUGGCCAAAUCUAAAUGGUUUUGGCCAGGCAGCGAGCGGCCACUGCUCAAUCUGUCGAAAAAAUAACUUGGUCUUGUUGCAGCAAAAUAUCUCGCCUUGUCGCGCACCAAAUCUUACUAGCCAAGGGAUGAUGGGCGAUUUCAAGGCGCGACAAAUCCACAUUAUUUUCCCGCCAGACUGUUAGUAUAACCGCGAUCGCUUUUUUGUUUUCACUAGCAUCUGUUUUGUACGCGCCCUGGAUAGGUGCAAACAGCUCCCUGAAAAUUUGGCAGUCCUGAGAAAAGCGGUGAUGGGCGAUUCCGAGGCACGACGACCCACCGUUAUUUUGCCGGCGGACUCAUAUUUCGGCACAUUCCUUGUAUCGCGUAUUUUACCUCUCAAACUACUCUAACUCCAAUUUCUCUUAAUCAUUGCUAAAUCUAUCUUCCGAUUUUCAGAGCCCGUCUCGAGAAGAAAACGAUGACCCGGACUUACAAAAUAUGA